AUGGAGCCACGCUACUCCUGCUUUGUAAAGACUGGCAUUUGCAGUGCCGGUCUACUUGAGACGGGGUCAUCCGUCGAAAGCUUUCUGAUCACCACAGCUGCGGGCACGCUCUCUGUAUUGACGCCAGAUUCGUCUGGGUCUUACCGUUCUAAACCCUUAGAAUUUGACCCUCAGAAAGUUGUGGCAGCAACGCCAGCGCUAAGGCCAAACAGUGCCUUUCUGGAUUUGGCCUUUUCGGCUAGUUCUUCUGGGGUCAUGUCCGUCAAUCUUUCCGAAGAUUGCCUCUACACGGUUAAUGACCUCGUGUGUGAUGCAACCCUUUUAUCCGCUGUUUCUAUGUGCCGACUCACCACUGCGGAAAGAUGCUUUGUUUCCAUGCUACGCAAGAAUAAGUCUAAUGUGGCCAGUGCGAUUCCACCCCUAGUCCUCCUAGCCCAGCAGUGCAAUGUUUCAGCGUAUAGGAUACCAACUACCGCUAGCCUGACGCAAAAUCAAACAGAAACUUUCUGGGUUCCCACGGGAGACGUUGUGGUGCACAUGGCCACCUUUUUACCACUAGCCUCUCACCUGAAGAUGAGUGAGGGUGAUUCGGAAGUAGACGAGGCUGAGCUAGAUUACUUUGUGGUUUCACGGGAUCGGUAUGGGCGUUACUUUCGUGGAGAAGAGCUUUUAGCAGAAAAGCGGCUCCCAACCCAUGUCCUUCGCAUGAAGACAUUGGGCCGGUUUAUUCUCUUGUUUCUAGCAGACCACUCCCUCUAUCUCUUGUACCUUAAUGAAGUGUCAAUACUUCAACUGCAUAGAUUCCCUAGUGAUUGUUCGCUGAUCGAUGCGUGUCUCCUCGAAAAGCCAUCCAGCAACAUCUUACUAGAAAAGCGUCCACUUUCCACUAGUACAUCCUUCAAAGCCCUCGAAGCAAAGACAAUAGAAGAGAGCUUUGACCUAAAUCCCACCACAGCGAGCACUAGUAAAACUGCAAACAGAUCAACUGCCGAUGGAAUACCACUAAUAGUGAAGCUCCAGCUUACCAAGAUUACAUUUAGUGUGCUCACGUUCCACCCCACUGCUGUGGACAGAGGCAUGCCUUCAGUCAUGGAGCUACCAAUCCACGACUUCCCCAUUGCGCUUCCUGUUACAGAAACUGCAUUGUCCACGAAAUCAGUUAAAUGUACGAUCGACUCCGGCACCUUGUCCGCUUUACCAGACAAGUCGCUGCUGUGGAUCAUUGCUAGCGACACCCUUCUUACUUUUUCUGUUAGGGUAUUUACUGACAUUUAUUCUAUGCUACUAGCGUAUAACUUCAGAGGACAUAUCUGCAAUUCAAGCCACGAUUUUUCGCAAUCCAAUGACGUGCACGAUGCAAUGCAUUUGCUCGCCAAGAAGCGCACACUGAUGGCUCAGUUGCAACUUUUGCGGCAACAACAAGUGUCCAACUCUGCACAAGAGUCUUGUACUGACGCCGACAAGGAUCAGGGGAACGAUGGUUCCAGGGAAUAUACAUUUGGAGACCUGCUCCGUGAAGCACGAUUGUUGGGUAUUUAUUGCGCAGAUGUAGAGUCUCGUUCGAUGCUCCUUUCACUGAACUGCUCUCCUGGCCACUACCUAAUUAAAGUCGCCCUUCCUGAGCAACUAUUUGUACACAGUUUUGCUAUAUUAGAUCCUAAUACUGGAGCUGCGAAAUCAGUAUUUGCACCACUUAACGUUAGAGAUGCUAGUUCUGAAUUCAGAAAGAUCUGCUGCGGUUCUGGAGACAGCUCCGUCGCAGCGUCUCUGGGGCCUAUUGUACGCGAUAGUAGUCUGCACAUGUCGACACGGUUCUUAAAUAUGGAGCAUCGUAUCCAGCAUGCGCUGCUUCUCAAUGGACAUGAUCAUGCAAUAGAUGUGGUCAACGACACGACGGUCAUGGAAAUAGACAAGGUCCGCAACGUCUUUCUUUCUGAGCUAGCUCGAACUCAUCUUUCAGAGAAGUAUACCACAUCUCUUCCAUCCUCUCACCAUAUCUCACAUCACCUUAACAAAAACGCACAGCCAGAGUCAAUUGUGGAAUUACCUAUCUCGUCAGACAUCAUUGAAGAAUAUGCUGGAUCAACUAUUAUCCUGCAACUAGCAGUAACACAGACUAAUUUAUCCUCGGCAACUCAUGGCAUUUCAAUCCCAAUUUCCGUAAGCCUGCCAGUGUGUCCAAUGAUGCGCCUCUGUUCCAGUUCCUUUUGCAGUACAUUGGCCUCCUUUGAAGGGGGAUCUUUGAUGGUUCUCUUGGAAGAAGUCGCGAGUCUGACAAUGAACUUUAACAACUAUAAGAUUUUAAGCACCAAACUGGCGGACAUUCUUUGCAAGCCUAUUCUUAUAGCACUGCCAGACGAUCACGAUGCCCUUGAUGGCAAGUUAGAGCAAGCUAACGAAUUUGUUUUCUUUGUGGAGAGUUGUAACUCAACAAGUCUUCUACAGCUCCUCUCUGAAGCGUCCGAUGAUGAUCUACCCCUUCCCAAAUUGUUAGGCUACUCCGUGGAAAGCAAGUCACUGGGCCUCCUAGCAAAGACUAGAAUAGCCACAGUGUUUAGAGUACAUUGCUUCUUUGAGAAUCUUCAACUUACCAAGGUGCGGCUAUCUGGAUUAGACAUCACUCUCUUAAUAAGCUUUGCGCAGAAACUUGCAACUGUAUUGCUUCCUAACGGAGCGGAUGUGACCUUGUUUCGUGAAUUGUGCUCAUCACUCAGAUUUAGCCCUAAGGCGCGCUCUUUCUUGACUGCAGUCAGGUCUAUGUACAGAAGCUCUCAGAAUCAAUUAGGGCAUGUUUCUGCCGGGCUUUCCGAGCUUUCGUCUCGCAUGCUUCUCGACUGCGACCAAACUCUCGAUCUCACCAGUGUGUGCUUUUAUCGAAGAGCCUUAGAUCAGCUUCAGCAUCUUAAAAAUAGCAUACGUAUUACUAUUAAGCAAGCUCUGGACGCACAGGAAGCCAAUAAAGCUUUUGGUUAUUGCCAGGCAUACCUAGACUCACUAGAAGCAUCUCUCUUAUUUAUCAACAGCUCCAAGGUAGAUGACAUCAAAGCGUGGAUGAACUCAGACAGCAGUCCAGCCGUUUUAGAGUGGGGCGAGUGA